CCCAUGUAGAUAAUAAGAUAAUACUCAACAGCUUUUUUAUCUUUUGUUUUUAUCUGAAUAAGGAUCUAAGGCUCACUUCUUUCGUUUAUUAUUAUUAUGGUUUUUUUUUUUUUUUUUUUUUUUUUUACCGUGUAUGGAUUGUCUAACAUUAAAUGUCUGUCAUUUUUGAGGCAUGUUGUCUGAGGACUGUACUGUUUGUGGAAACACACAUGAGCCUUCAGAGACGCUGACGGAGAAACGUAAGUAGCUCUCCAGGGUGCUGAAGUUGUCUCCAAUGAUCGGGCUGUGUGUUCGCCUGAGCGACACCGGUGUGGAUAGGUGGGGACUUGGGAUGAAGAAAGAUGCUCAGGGCACCCUGUCUCAUCGGAUCCAGGAGAUGUCCAGAUGGUAGUAAAUGCAUGGUAGGUGCGCAGUGUUACUGAGGAUGGUCGUUUAUUUAAAAACAAAGAAACUAUUUUGGAUAUCUCUUUUAUGUUUCCAUUUGCAAGUGUCAUGGGUGUGAAUAAACGUUAGUUAAUAGUGGAUAAAAUUAUUCACUACCUUGGACACCCUGGAAGGACAAUGCGACAUAUUGCUCCAAAUGGUUGGGACUCCAAUCUUCCAUGUAUGGCCAUAAUAAAAAGCAGACAGACGACGCUGCCCCUUGGUAACUUCCUGUUAUGGAUUCUGCUAGGGGUUCUCACCUUCCCCUGCUGCGUUCACUGUCUAAUAUUCAAAGUGGGGGUUUUGGGGCCUUGGGACUGCGACUCUGUUUACUACAGGGCCCUUCCCACCGCGGCGGCCAGGCUCGCCGUGAGCAGGAUCAACGGAGACCCCGGUCUGGAUUUGGGUCUAACAAUGGACUUCAUUGUCCUGCAGGAGCCUUGCGAAACCUCCAAAGCCCUCACGGCAUAUAUUUACUAUGAACAUUUAGCGGACGCUUUUGUUGGCCCCACCAACCCGGGAUACUGCAUCGCUGCGUCCCUGCUGGCCAAGAACUGGGAUAAGGCGCUAUUCUCCUUCAGCUGUGUCACCUACGAGCUGGACUUCAUGCUUGGACACCCAACUUUUGCUCGGACAGUCCCUUUUCCCCCAGACGUGCUCUUCACCGUGUUUAAACACUUCCGGUGGGCCAGCUCCGUGGUGGUCUCAUCUAAUGAGGACAUCUGGAUAGACACUGCUGGGAGAGUGACUGCUGCUCUGAGGAGGAGGGGGCUUCCCGUGGGUUUGGUUACAGCUAUGGGUCUGAACGACACGGAGGUGGAGAGCACGCUGAGAAAGAUCCAAAAUUCAGGAGAAGUAAGGGUGAUCAUAAUGUGCAUGCACUCCAUCCUGGUUGGCGGCGAGUACCAGGCCACCUUUCUCACAAAGGCACACAAGAUGGGCAUGACCUCAGGAAAGUACGUGUUUGUGCCCUACGAUACUCUCCACUUCAGCAUGCCCUAUAGCAACGUCUCCCACUUCCCUCUUCGAAACAACAGCAUUCUGAGGGAGGCCUAUGAUGCUGUCCUCACCAUCACUGUGGCCUCAGAGCUGCUGUCUUUCAACGAGGCGUUCACUGCCUCCAAGAAGAGCCAGGAGGUGACACUCCCAGUGCAGGCUGAGCAGGUUAACCCUCUGUUUGGAACCAUCUACAACAGCAUAUACCUACUGGCCAGGUCCAUUCAUAAUGCCAGGAAAGCUGGGAUGCAACUUUCAGGCUCGAAUCUGGCCUACUUCACCAAGAACAUAAGCUUUAAUGGUUUCAACCAGAAGGUUCAGGUGGACGCAAGCAGGGAAGUUAAGACCAACUAUGUCAUCUUGGACUCUGACAGCAGGAGUAGUCAGCUUUACCAGGCCUACUUUGUGGAUCUAAAGGCAGGAGAGCUUCGUUUUGCAGGAAGGUCUAUUCAUUUUCCAGGAGGAUCCCCUCCAAAGGCUGACUCCCUCUGCUGGUUUGAUGAGAACGGCAUUUGCACAGGAGGUGUGGAGGUGUCGUACAUAAUAAUAGUGUUGGCUGUGAUCCUUAGUUUGGCUGUAGGAGGGCUCUUCAUAACUAUUUACAUCAGGAGGAGACUUCAACAAAUCCAGUUGAUCAAAGGUCCCAAUCGGAUCCUGCUGACUUUAGAAGAUCUCACUUUUAUCAAUCCUCAGCUUAGCAAAAAGAAAAUUACUUUAGAGGACCUGUGUGAGUCCAGGAGCGCUCUGGAUGAGAAGUCUGUAGACCCUUCCAACUCUGUUAACAGCAUGCAGACAGCAACUCAUGAGAAUUCAAACGUCGCUGUUUAUGAGGGUGACUGGGUUUGGCUCAAGAAAUUUGAAGAGGGCCAAUUCAAGGAGAUGAAACAAAGCACAACCAAGAUUUUCACAAAGAUGAAGGACCUGAGAAAUGAAAAUGUAAACCCAUUUCUGGGCUUCUUUUUGGAUUGCUUUAUGUUUGCUGUGGUGACGGAGCACUGCUCACGGGGCAGUCUGCAGGACCUGCUCAGAAACGAAGACGUUAAAUUAGACUGGAUGUUUAAGUCCUCACUUUUACUUGAUCUUAUCAAGGGUAUGAAAUAUCUGCACCACAGGGAGUUCCCCCAUGGCAGACUCAAAUCUCGAAACUGUGUGGUGGACGGGCGCUUUGUACUCAAGAUUACAGACUAUGGCUUCAAUGAGCUGCUGGAGUCUCAGAAAGCGCCCUUUGAAGAACCGCCGCCUGAAGAGCUAUUCUGGACAGCCCCUGAGUUUCUGAGGGACCUUUCUCAUUUCCGUAAAGGAACGUCUAAGGGAGAUGUUUAUAGUUUUUCUAUAAUCCUUCAAGAGGUUGUAGUGAGAGGCCCACCAUACUGCAUGUUGGAUUUACCCCCUGAAGAAAUUAUCCGCAAGGUAAAAAAGCCUCCACCAAUGUGCCGUCCUACAGUCGCACCGGAUCAGGCUCCGCUUGAAUGUAUCCAGCUAAUGAAGCAGUGCUGGAGCGAACAGCCUGACCGCAGACCGACUUUUGAUGAGAUCUUUGACAGGUUCAAGAUCAUUAACAAAGGCAAGAAGACCAAUAUCAUUGAUUCCAUGCUGAGGAUGCUGGAGCAGUACAGCUCUAACCUGGAGGAUCUCAUCAGAGAGAGAACAGAGGAGCUGGAGGUGGAAAAGCAGAGAACGGAGAAGCUGCUUUCUGAGAUGCUUCCACCUUCUGUUGCUGAGGCUCUUAAGACUGGCGCCACAGUGGAGCCAGAGUACUUUGAUCAGGUGACAAUCUACUUCAGUGACAUCGUGGGUUUCACCACCAUCUCCUCGCUAAGUGAUCCCAUUGAAGUGGUAGAUCUUCUAAAUGACCUCUACACACUGUUUGAUGCUGUGCUCAGCAGCCAUGAUGUCUACAAGGUGGAGACCAUUGGGGAUGCUUACAUGGUAGCAUCAGGCUUGCCUAAGAAGAACGGCAACAAGCACGCUGCAGAGAUUGCCAACAUGUCUCUGAACAUCCUCAGCUCAGUGGGCUCAUUCCACAUGCGACACAUGCCAGACGUGCCCGUCAGGAUACGAAUAGGAAUUCACUCAGGGCCCUGUGUCGCUGGGGUUGUAGGACUGACCAUGCCUCGGUACUGCCUUUUUGGAGACACCGUCAACACUGCCUCUCGUAUGGAAUCCACUGGGCUGCCUUAUAGAAUCCAUGUAAAUUGUAGCACUGUGAAGAUCCUUCGUUCUCUCAAUGACGGAUAUAAAAUAGAAGUCAGAGGCAAGACAGAGCUGAAGGGUAAAGGUAUAGAGGAGACGUACUGGCUUGUGGGAAAAACCAACUUUACGAAACCUUUGCCUAAACCACCAGAAAUAAGACCAGGGGAAGACAAUCAUGGGCUCAAACCUGAGGAAAUAGCUGCCUACAGGAGAAAGAAAGCUGAGAAAAAGGCUUGACCCUCUCAUAUUAAAUACAGGAGGGACAACUGGCAAGAGAUGGUGACAGAAGAGAUCAAGACUCAUUUCCGUAAGGCCAACAGGCAGGUGGACAAAAAAAUCUGAAUCACUAAGAGGAAGAGGAGCAAAUAAAUCAAAGAAGGGUCUACAGAGAAGCAAAGGAAGGAGACAUCCAGAUGAAGAAAGAGAAGAAGACCUGAGAGCAGCACCCAACCUCUCACUGUGGCUUAAUGAAAACUUGUUUAAGAGGAUUGUUUAUCGACUGGCUAAUCUUCCUGCAGCCAGCACAGCAGAACAUGAUGGUGCUAAUGUAAUGAGAGUGAUCACAUCACCUGCCUGCCUACCUGCUGCCAACAAGUACUCGCUUCUUAAUGAAGGAUGAGCUCGUUCAUUCCUCUCUGCAAUCACUGGCCACUGCGUGGUCCACUACUUCAGGGCAAUCAGAGGUUCACCCCUCCAAAGACUGAACGCCCUAAACGCCUAUUUCAAAGUGAAAUGUUACGUUAAAGCUGUUUUUAGUCAAGCUACAUAGCUGAGCCUGUUAUGUAGCUGUUUAUAAUAGUAUGUGUUACUAGCCAUCCAAAGCUGGAGGGUAACAGCUGCUGUUGUGUAAAACUAUUUGAAAAUAAUAAUCUACCUGCCACUUUUAUUUGUCUGUCAGCAAACCAAGACUGAGAUUAGCCUCCUAUAACAGGCUUUUAACAGUAACAACACUUUCUUUGGUUUAUUGUAAAGACAUGAGGUCAGUUUUUAAGAGAUACUGAAAGAAAAUAAAAAAGUAUAGUUUAUUCAUGUUUACUGUGAGAUUUUGAGAUCCUUCAAUAAGACAAAUGUUUUGCAAAGCUCAGUAAUGACCUUCCAAAGAAAGCUGGUGUUGUAAAGCUUGGUGUCAGCACUUUAACUUUCCAGAAUUUUGUUGUUACUUUUAAGGUCAAACAAAUUGUUUAGGUGUUUUUAUCUGAUUCUGUAAUGACCAGAAGGUCAUUUUGUAGUUUCUUUCUUUUCUUGAACUUUUCGUAGACAUUAUUGGUGGUCCUAAGGAGUUUGUUAUUCCCAGAUAAAAUCAAAUAACACCUCUCUCAUCAGCAUGGGUUUUGAAAAUAACUAAUUUAAAAAGCUUUGAAAUAAUGUUUCGGAUUCAGUUUCUCCGUAAUGUCCAGAAAACAUAAAAAUACUGUUUCAUUUCUGUUUAAUUACUUAAAACAUUGGUUGGAUAUUAUCAUUGUCUUCUUUUAAAUAAAUCUUCUUUUGCUGUAGUUUUUCACAUAUGACAAUCAGGUAAAAUGAAAGUAAAAUGACAAAAAAUAGAGAUGAAAGGACCAAUUUCAUAGAAAGGAGUGCAUUCCUAAAUGUUUGUAUUUGCCUAAGCUUAAAUCUUGCAGCAGAUUUCAUCAAUAAAGAAGUCUUCAACAGUACCUUAAAACUAAAAAAGUUGUUUUUAAACCCCACUGAUCCCUUUAGGCUUCGUUUUAUGUGCUUGAUUUCAAAAUAACAGCAACAUCUGAGAGCUGUGUAUAGUGUGGACAUAUUUGAAUGUUGUAUGUUUCAUAUAUUUUAACUGCAAUGCAAAGCACAAUCUAUAUGUAAAUAAUUACCAUAUAAAUAAAUUCAUUUGUACCA